GAAAAUGAAAAGUUGAUGGAAGAAUAUGAAAAGCUAGCAAGUGAGCUUUUAGAAUGGAUUCGGCGUACAACCCCUUGGCUGGAAAACAGGACCCCAGAGAAGACGAUGGUAGCUAUGCAAAAGAAGUUAGAGGACUUCAGAGAUUAUCGCCGUAAGCACAAGCCUCCUAAGAUCCAGGAAAAAUGCCAGUUGGAGAUCAAUUUCAACACUUUACAGACGAAACUGAGGAUCAGCAACAGGCCAGCUUUCAUGCCAUCAGAAGGGAAGAUGGUCUCAGAUAUUGCCAGUGCUUGGCAAAGACUUGAACAAGCAGAGAAGGGCUAUGAGGAAUGGCUGUUGAAUGAAAUACGAAGGCUUGAACGGCUUGAACAUCUGGCUGCUAAGUUUAGGCAAAAGGCUACAUCGCAUGAAACCUGGUCAUAUGGCAAAGAGCAGAUUCUGCAGCAGAAGGAUUAUGAAGCUGCUUCCCUGAUAGAGAUCCGGGCUUUGUUGAGGAAACAUGAAGCUUUUGAGAGCGACUUGGCUGCUCACCAAGACAGGGUGGAACAGAUCGCUGCCAUUGCCCAGGAGCUGAAUGAGUUGGACUAUCAUGAUGCAGCAAGUGUCAAUGAUCGAUGUCAGAAAAUAUGUGAUCAGUGGGAUAGAUUGGGAACCCUAACUCAGAAAAGGAGAGAAGUAUUGGAGAGGACAGAAAAACUGUUGGAAACAAUUGAUCAACUUCACUUGGAGUUUGCCAAGAGGGCUGCUCCAUUCAACAACUGGAUGGAAGGUGCCAUGGAAGACUUGCAAGACAUGUUCAUUGUUCACAGUAUAGAGGAGAUCCAGAGUUUAAUUACUGCCCAUGAACAAUUUAAAGCCACUCUACCUGAAGCAGAUGGUGAGAGGCAAGCUAUUUUGUCCAUCCAUAAUGAAGUGGAAAAGGUGAUUCAGAGCUACAGCCUCAGAAUAAGUACCAGCAAUCCUUACAGCACAGUCACUAUGGAAGAGAUUCGUACUAAGUGGGAUAAAGUCAAACAACUUGUGCCUGUAAGAGAUCAAUCACUGCAGGAGGAGCUUUCUCGUCAGCAUACAAAUGAACGCCUGCGCCGUCAGUUUGCUGCUCAGGCCAACGUCAUUGGACCCUGGAUCCAGAGCAAGAUGGAGGAAAUUGGCCGAACUUCGGUGGAUAUCGCAGGGCCAUUAGAGGACCAGAUGACCCAGUUAAAGCAGCAGGAGCACAAUAUCAUUAAUUACAAACAUAAUAUUGACAAACUAGAAGGAGACUAUCAACUGAUACAGGAAGCUUUGGUCUUUGAUAAUAAGCAUACCAAUUACACAAUGGAGCAUAUCCGGGUUGGAUGGGAGCUGUUGUUGACUACCAUUGCCCGAACUAUCAAUGAAAUUGAAAACCAAAUCCUUACAAGAGAUGCUAAAGGAAUAACUCAGCAGCAAAUGAAUGAAUUCAGAGCAUCAUUUAAUCACUUUGACAGGAAGAAAAAUGGGCUGAUGGAUCAUGAAGAUUUCAGGGCCUGCUUAAUUUCAAUGGGUUAUGAUUUGGGUGAAGCCGAGUUUGCCCGAAUCAUGUCCUUAGUUGACCCCAACGGUCAGGGAACGGUUACCUUUCAAUCAUUUAUUGAUUUCAUGACCAGAGAGACUGCUGAUACUGAUACUGCUGAACAAGUUAUUGCUUCUUUCAGAAUCCUAGCCUCAGAUAAGCCAUAUAUUCUUGCUGAAGAGUUGAACCGAGAACUGCCAUCUGAACAAGCUCAAUACUGCAUCAAGCGAAUGCCAGCCUACAAGGGACCAGGAGCUGUUCCUGGAGCUCUGGACUAUACCUCAUUUUCAUCAGCAUUGUAUGGGGAAAGCGAUCUGUAACUGGGGACUGACUCUGUGGGCAAGUGAAACUAGAUAUAUUCCAGUUUGCUCCUUGAAAAAAAAUAAGUAAGCUGACCUCACUACAAUUUCUCAAGUUUAGCAGGAACAUUCAGUAAGGAGCAAUGCCCACGUAGUGUGCAGCAUGAUGAGUUUUUAUGUUGUUUAUAUGUACUUGAACAAGCUUAUACAGUGACAGG